AUGCCGCCGGCCGCCGCCUGGCUGUACAUUGAAUGUGUCUCUUGGCAGCCAACUGUGGCGAGGGAGGUGCAGACGCCCCUCGGCCCUGCGGCGGUCCAAUCCAUCGAUGACACACAGCCUAUCAUGAAUGUCCCUAUCCUCCGAGCAGGCCUCGCUUUCGCAGAGCAAGUGACAUCCAUUCUGCCGUCCGCAAGGAUUUUUCACCUAGGGAUGAGCAGGAAUGAGGAAACGCUGCUGCCAUCAAUUUACCUGAACAAGCUGCCUGCCAAAUUCCCAGAUGGAUGCCACAUCUUCCUCAUGGAUCCAAUGCUUGCAACCGGUGGAACAAUGGCGGCAGCAGUCAACCUGAUCGAGGAUCAUGGAGCUAACAUCGAGCAGAUAACAGUUACAUCCGCAAUCACUUGCCCUCCUGCCAUCGAAAACCUCAGGCAAUUAUUCCCAGGGUACGUUACCAAUACAAAAACACCAGUACUACAUCCGAACAUUGCUUACUGGCACUGGUUCCAGUAUUGCCUCAAAUUAAGCUAA